CCACCAGUCCCUGAUGAGCAGUGGGCUCUGGUCCUUAAAUAAGGAGGACACGUUCGAACAAGUCGUGCCUGUUUUGGGAAAGAACUGAAAGAAGGAAUGCAUUAAGUCUAGGAAGUAAGUGUGCAUUUCCUUGUCCUCCAGGAUGCCCCGGUUUCCUACUUCCUGCCCCUGUGGCCUGAAUCCAGGCUGCGGCCCUGGCGAUGUUGUAAGCUUUAUGGUUCUUGCUUCUCCUCCAGGCCUCAGUUAGCUUUUCUGCCAAAUGGGGUAAAAUCUCACAAGUCAUUAAGGUAACUGGGCAGAAAAGAAGAGAGAAGCUGGGCAUGGUGGCUCAUACCUGUAAUCCCAGCAUGUUGGGAGGCCAAGUUGGGUGGAUCACAAGGUCAGGAGUUCAAGACCAGCCUGGCCAACAUGGUGGAACCCCAUCUCUACUAAAAAUACAAAAAUUAGCUGGGUGUGGUGGCAGGCACCUAUAAUCCCCACUACUUAGGAGGCUGGGGUAGGAGAAUCGCUUGGUCCCAGGAGGUGGAAGUUGUAGUGAGCCAGGAUCACACCACUGCAGUCCAGUCUGGGAGACAGCGAGUCUGUCUCAAGAAAAGAAGAGAGAAGGGAGCAGACGCGGGAUGGUCGCGCGUCCCCUGCACGGCAGAGAGGGGCAGCCAGAGAGCCUGGGAAAGAUGUUCUCAGUGCAGCUGAGUCUUGGUGAGCAGACAUGGGAAUCCGAAGGCAGCAGUAUAAAGAAGGCUCAACAGGCUGUUGCUAAUAAAGCUUUGACUGAAUCUACGCUUCCCAAACCAGUUCAGAAGCCACCCAAAAGUAAUGUUAACAAUAACCCAGGCAGUAUAACUCCAACUGUGGAACUAAAUGGGCUUGCUAUGAAAAGGGGAGAGCCUGCCAUCUACAGGCCAUUAGAUCCAAAGCCAUUCCCAAAUUAUAGAGCUAAUUACAACUUUCGGGGCAUGUACAAUCAGAGGUAUCAUUGCCCAAUGCCUAAGAUCUUUUACGUUCAGCUCACUGUAGGAAAUAAUGAAUUUUUGGGGGAAGGAAAGACUCGACAAGCUGCUAGACACAAUGCUGCAAUGAAAGCUCUCCAAGCACUACAGAAUGAACCUAUUCCAGAAAAGUCGCCUCAGAAUGGUGAAUCAGGAAAGGAUAUGGACGAUGACAAAGAUGCAAAUAAGUCUGAGAUCAGCUUGGUGUUUGAAAUUGCUCUGAAGCGAAAUAUGCCUGUCAGUUUUGAGGUUAUUAAAGAAAGUGGACCACCACAUAUGAAAAGCUUUGUUACUCGAGUGUCAGUAGGAGAGUUCUCUGCAGAAGGAGAAGGAAAUAGCAAAAAACUCUCCAAGAAGCGCGCUGCAACUACCGUCUUACAGGAGCUUAAGAAACUCCCACCUCUUCCUGUGGUGGAAAAGCCAAAACUAUUUUUUAAAAAACGCCCUAAAACAAUAGUAAAGGCUGGACCAGAAUAUGGCCAAAGGAUGAACCCUAUUAGCCGCCUGGCACAAAUUCAACAGGCCAAAAAGGAAAAGGAGCCAGAUUAUGUUUUGCUUUCUGAAAGAGGAAUGCCUCGACGUCGAGAAUUUAUGAUGCAGGUGAAGGUAGGCAAUGAAGUUGCUACAGGAACAGGACCUAAUAAAAAGAUAGCCAAAAAAAAUGCUGCAGAAGCAAUGCUAUUACAGCUUGGUUAUAAAGCAUCCACUAAUCUUCAGGAUCCACUUGAUAAGGGUGGGGAAAACAAAGGAUGGAGUGGUCCGAAGGCUGGGUUUCCUGAACCAACAAAUAAUACUCCAAAAGGAAUUCUUCAUUUGUCUCCUGAUGUUUAUCAAGAGAUGGAAGCCAGCCGCCACAAAGUAAUCUCUGGCACUACUAUAGGCUAUUUGUCACCCAAAGAUAUGAACCAACCUUCAAGCUCUUUCUUCAGUAUAUCUCCCACAUCAAAUAGUUCAGCUACAAUUGCCAGGGAACUCCUUAUGAAUGGAACAUCUUCUACAGCUGAAGCCAUAGGUUUAAAAGGAAGUUCUCCUACUCCCCCUUGUUCUCCAGUACAACCUUCAAAACAACUGGAAUAUUUAGCAAGGAUUCAAGGCUUUCAGGUAUGAAUUAAAAGCAAAAACAAAAACAAAACAAUUCAUUAGCCUCAGAUCCUUCAUCUCUAUCCAUCACAAGGCUCAUUCUUGCCUGCUAGUGUGGCCUACAUGCCACUUACAUUUUAAGUUAUUUAGGAACACAAUGGACAUGAAAAAAGAGCCAUAUGCACAUGCUUCAUUUUAUCUUAUUUUUGUUCUAUCUAGUAAUUCUUUAGCUGCCUUUUCUCCAUUUUCCUUCUUUUUCUUUUACAAACAUUUUUCAUACUCUUCACUGUCUUCCAUUUGGUCUUGAUUAGGUGCAUCUAUCUCUUCACUCUGUCUUCCACAAACAAAAAUUCUGCCUUCAGACAUUUGGUGUUAGUAUUUCACACUCAGUUCUCUCUCUUUUUACGUAAGGAUUGAGUUUUUCUUUUUUUAAUGAUGAUUUUACUUUUUAGCGGUUUUGAAUUUUGAAUUCUGUUGCUAGUAUUGAUUCAGGUACACCAUUAAGAUACAACAUUCUAAAAGUUACCUUAGGAGUUAAUUAAACAUGGUAUUUGAAGAAUAAUGAAAUGCUUUAUAGUUGUUUGAGGCAUAACAAUGUGUAUUUGUUUUACUGGAUCAUGUUUUGAACUGACUAGGGAGGGUAGCACCUGCUUCAGAUGGUACCAGCAAUUCUGUUUCACUGGGUAGUCUAAAACUAGCAUAUAGUUUAACUUAACUUGUUGUGUAUGUGAAUUUAGGGAUGGAAACUUUUUUCCCUGUUUAUUCUUUGUUUCCUUUUGGAAAAAACCCCACAAAAAUCAACACUCCUUUAUAGAUACAUCAGAGCUUUUAAAAGAAUUGUUAACUCUAGGAAGGGGAAAUAUCUGUGUCCUGAUUUCUUAGUUGCCUUGAAAAUCAUGUACUGAACUGUAACCACUAACUUGACUGGAUGAACUACAGUUUGCUUGUGUGUAGAGAGUGUAUUGCUUCCUCAGAUUUCACUGUUUUCAUCUUUUUUUCCAUCUUAGUCUUUAUUCCUUAAGACCAAAAACUGUAAUAUCCUUUAGAAAUGCUCUACAAGAUCUGUAUUGUGUAGAAUGAUCAUGUAUUUAUGAAAAUUUUACAAGUUUAGAUUAUAAAAUGAAAAAAAA